AUGGAGAUGAACUAUAACGAUGCAGAGUUGCAUCAGAUCGAGGAGGAGCUUGGCCAGGAGAUCUUGCCUGGCACAGAGAUUAUGGCCGAUGUCGGAACCCACCACUUUGUAAAAGGCCAUAGUGGUGUUCUUGUCCCUCAACCCUCAGAUGACCCUCACGACCCCUUGAACUGGUCUACGAAAUGGAAGUUCCUCGCUAUCACAUCAAGCAGUUUGGUUUCUUUCAGCCAAGGCUUUGGACCUCUAGCCCUGGCUCCUGCCUUUGGAUACUAUAUCAAAGAGUUUGACUGUUCUUUGGCAGAUGCUGUACAGUUCACAGGUGUUUCCAUUCUGGUCCUUGGAUUCAGCAACUUCCUCUGGGUGCCAUUGAGUUCGUCUUUCGGUCGCAGAGUGGUGUACAUUGCCAGUCAGUUGAUGUGUCUGGCUAGUAUGAUCUGGAGAGCUAGAGCCCAGACAUAUGGAUCCUUCAUGGGUGCUUGUGUGCUUAACGGUCUUGGUGCUGGACCUGCCGAGUCUAUUCAACCUGCCGUCAUUGCUGACAUCUUUUUCCUUCACAACCGUGGUUUCCAGAACACUGUCUACUGGACAGCAUACAUGGGUUCAUUGAUGGUGGCUCCAAUCAUCUCCGGUGUCAUGUCAGAUCGUCUUGGCUGGCGCUCUUUCUGGUGGCUUAAUGUUGGCCUUGUCGCCGUAUCACUCCUGAUGGUCAUCUUCUGCUUCCCUGAGACCAAAUAUCAUCGCCCUCACCCUCACGAGAUUCCUGGGCCGACUACCACUACUCGCAACUUCGAUGACAGCAACUCAACACUGCCAGUGCCGGAUAAGCUCUCAGGCGGUCAUGUCGAAGAUAUCGAGAUCCAGCAGAUCGACACCAGGACUAGCAUGCCUGGCCUUUCAGCAACCAAGACCGCAGACCGCGAUCCUUUCCUCGGCAAGGGCUACCCUUCGAAGGCACAAUGGAAGCUAUGGCAGCCAAAUGACCACCCCUUCAAGAGCAUGAUCAACGAUCUCUGGCUUCCCUGGAAGUUGUUCGCAUUCCCUAUUGUCGAAUUCGCCGCCUUUGUUUGCUCGUGGUCUUGCUCCAGUUUCUUGACUCUCAACUUGACCCAAGCCCAGGCCUUCGCUGCACCACCUUACAACUUCUCGUCCGAAAGCAUUGGAUUCUUCAACUUUGCUAUUCUCAUUGGUGCCAUAAUCGGUCUGGCCUCGUCCGGAAAGCUGAGUGAUUGGGUAGCGGCUAGAGCCACAAAGAAGAAUGGAGGUAUCCGUGAGCCCGAGAUGCGUCUGAUCGCAAUGAUCCCCUACGUGAUCAUCAUGUACAUCGGCAACAUUGUCGCCGCCAUCGGCAUGGAAAGAAAAUGGCCCUGGCAAGUCAUCGUCGUGAUCGCCUUCGGUGCCGCCGGCAUCCAAGUCGCCUCGAUCCCCUCCAUCGUCUCCACCUACGCCGUAGACUCGUACAAGCCCGUAGCUGGUCCUCUGUUCGUUGCUGUCACGGUCAACAAGAACGUCUGGGGCUAUGGUUUCUCCAAAUUCAUCACUCCUUGGGUCGAAGAAGCUGGCUUCAUCCCGCCGAUCAUGACAAACGGCUCGUUGGUGUUGCUGUGGUGUCUCUUCGGCAUCUUGUUCUACUACAAGGGCAAGACGUUCAGAAGAUGGUCCCGCAACUCUUCCGUGCAUAAGAUGUAG